AUGCCUGCCGAUGACCCAUUCGCCUUUCUGGCUGCUGAGCAGCCCAAGCCUGCCCCUGCAAAGAAACCUCACUGGAGGGAUAAAUUGUUCUCAAAGGAUAAGAAUCGUUCUACCCCGGACAAACAGAUCGAGGACUUCCUCGCGACCUCACGACCCGUCCCUGAUGGCCUUGCGCCCAAGGCCGACAUCCCCGAAGACUAUCCCAGCGCCCCUCAAGUCUCCCUCCCCAUUCACCAUCGUGAACAUGCCCCUCCUCCUUCAAUCCCUCCCAUCUCCGAAGAGAACUAUUCCGCCUUCAAUUUCGACCAGGGGGCCCCUCCUCAUCUCCAGGAUGCCCCUCCUCAACCACGCCCCCUACCCGCCGAACCAGCUCGGAAACCCACCAUGAGGCGUCGCAAAAACAAGGGCCUCCGCGUCGGUUUCUCGGAUCGCGCCCCCGAGAUAAUGGGAGAGGGAGGUGAUGAGUCCGAAUCCCCCACCAUCGAGAUCUCUUAUAAUCGCAAGCGAGCUCUGGAGCGACAAGCGGCGAACCCCCCCGCGGCGGGCCCCUUCACGCUCCCCACUCCCGACACUCCGAGUCAACACCACGCUGGGCGAAGUCCUAAUUCACGACCUCCCCCCACACAGAAUGUGCAGGAAAAUGAUUUCUUGAACACCCUGGGCAUUAGCGACAAGCCCGGUUCGCGACUCUCCUUUCGUGGGUCGCCAGACUCGCAUUCGUUUGCCGAGCGCAUGAUGUCGCAUCCCCGGCGGAUGACGACCAGGAUGAUCUGCCUAGCCCUGAAUCACCCCCCCGAGAUGCUACCUGCGGCAUUUAGUCCGCAUGCCGCGUCACCAGCGAAUUACGAUACACCCCCAAUGUCGAGCAGCUCGAAUCAAGCACCUUCCCUCAAAUCGAUCGUCCAAUCCAUUCGAUACCCCUCCAGCCCGGCCGUCCAUCGCCCCCCAGCCAACCUCAGUCCCGUCGACCCUCGAGGGCCCCCACCCGGUCUCACUCCAGGAAGCCCCAACAAAGCCUCAUCUCCUCCCAAGCCUCCCUCACACGAGAUUCCUUCGGCGAACCAGCUGGUCUCCCCUCAGCAAAGUCGCGAGCCAUCACGGAGCCCACAACCACCGAAGUUCUCUCUACGAAAUGUUGCCAACCAGGUGGGCGACACCUCGUUUACCGAGUUCAAGGAUUACAUUGCCCGAUAUGAUAGCCUUCUGACGAUGGCGGCGGAGAGCGUGAAGCCUUUAAUGGAAACCUCGCUAAUGGAAUGGAUCCGCGCGGCAGUAUGGUGGUUCUUGCGUGGAAAGACUCGGUUGGAAUCCUUUGCCCGAUCGCGUGCAACGGCACCUCCUAGCUACGCCAAACAAGCCGUCAUCGAUCUCGGAAAAUCGCUUUGGAUCAAUGAGAACAUCGUCCCCACGCAUUACGAACUAGCUCAAUACGGUGAGAUGAGCGUGGAUGCUCUUCUCGCCGUGGCUAGCACCACCGCUAAUAAAGAACUCUUCGAAGCCCUCACCCUGCACCAGACUACCCUGAACCACCUGCGCUCUCUUUCCAUGUCGAUCAAGCGUAACAAUAUUCUCACAGUCAUCCUCGCCGAUGAGCAAUCUCCCAGUCACCUGGAUACCAGCGUCUGGCUCCGAUAUCCAUUCUUUGCCCCGGAUGUAUCCGCAGUGCUAUCGGGAAAUGCGACGCGAUCAAUGUUAGCCGAUAAGCCCGGCAAGGCUGCGAGUUUGUUUCAAAUGAUGCCCCUCGGCGACACCCCGAGGUACUUCAGUUACGGCAGCCUGUUUGUACAGGCAUGUGUCAGCUCUAACGAGGACGAUGGCGAACAAUACGCCAUGCCGUGCGCACUGACCAUCAUUCGAGAGCGCUCGGACUGGUACGUCUUUGCUGCGAUUACCAGUCAGAGCCAGCUUGUCAACAUUAUGAUCCAGUCCGACCGCAAGCAGGGACCUACCUGGGACGAUGUCGAAUGGCAAGUCCGAACACACUCAAUGCGAGUGAAGCUGCCCCGUGGAUUCGAACUGGACGUCAUGUUCAAGGAGGAGGAUUUCAAAACCCUUUGGAACAUUGUCAAAUACACGCAAAAGUCGGAGGGUAGUCUUUCGCCGGAACCCGGUGAGACCGUGGUAUUCGAAAACACCCUCAAGGUAUUCCAAUAUAUGGACCCGGGCGCGCAAAAGGCAUUCCCACCCGAGCCAUUGGAGCGUUGCCGCAUUCGUUUAUUCGAGCGUCACGUCAAGGUGACUGAGGGUACUGGGACGCGGAACGCGCAUCGCGGGUUCAGACUUGCCGUCUUGACAAGUCCCAAGGUUAAGACUCUCAGCAGUAUCCGUCACGUUCUGGCCCAGGGGGCGCCGGUUGUGUUCGGGCUGUUGAGAGGCGAAGAUGGUGCUGCGGCGCUUCUGCUUAAGGUUACGGAGGACGGACGCACUCGAUCUAUGUUGAUGACCUUUCAUGAGUCGGAGGAGCGCACGCGAAUGCAUUCGGUGCUGCUGGGCAUGUCUCCUCGGGAGGGCGAGAGCAAGACUCCCGAGUACCCUCUUCGCGCUUAUAGCAUCGAGCAACCUGGUGAGGCGGGGAGUGGCCAGGAAGCCAUUAAUCAUUUACAAUUCCCUGCUGGUAAUGUGUUGGUCAUUGAUCAGGAGCAUUCUUAUGUGGACCACGGAUAUGGUCCGACGAUUUUGUCUGAAAAUUUGAGGGCGUUUAUUGCUACGGAGUGGGGGUCCGUUACGGAUCGAUUUAAUCUGGGACCUGGGGAAUUGAAACUUGGGCUGGAUGUCAAGAAUCGGACUGGCAUGAGCUUGUAUCGACCGGCACAGCAGGAUCUCACGGUUUCGCUGGCGGAUAAUCUUGUUCGUCCUGAGAUGCCGGAUCAGAUCGCGGAAUUCAUUCAGAAGAUGACUGCGAAGCCGAUGGUUCGUCGGUUGGACUUUGCGAAUAUCCAGGCUCUUCACGCGUUUGAGGCAGCCGUCACCGGAUUUUCGGUGGUUUACGAUGGCAUCGCAUCCUCCUUUACCAUCUCCCGGCGUCGCAGUAUGGUCCCGAUCUACAAGAAAUGGGAGGCCAGCUUGGCGCGUGUCCAAAUCGUGAAGCAAGAGAAGGUCGUGCAGUUACUUGCUUUCUUCCAAGACUUCCACCACGGUUCAUGCAUGAACUUUGUUCUCAAGGGCACUGACCACAUCGAGUCCUUUGGCCGGUCCGGCAAAUUCGGUAUUCGUAUUGUCGAUGCGAAGUUUGCUCUUCCGAAGAAGGAUGAUGAUCCGAGCUCGGCUUUUGUGUGUCUUGACAUGCCUGAAUAUCCGAUUGAACACGAUGAUAUUGCUAUUACGUUCGAUUCGGAGGCUGAGCGCACCAACUUCAAGGUGGUCUUGCCAGGCUCUGUGCGUGAACCAUCUCGGAUGGGUUCUCUGCGGCGAUAG